AUGCGAUCGCCUGCUUCGAAAAAAAACAACAGCAAAAGCCAAACUGCUAGAGACGUCGGAUGUGCUACAAAACAACUUCGCACAUGCAUCAAGGAUAAAGAUGAAUUAUUAAAAUUGUCAUCACGAAAGAAAGGUAAAAAACACAAGCGUCUCGAUGGAGGUGGUAAAAAAUUAACUUAUGUGGACCUUGACUCUCGUUUAUUUGCAUGGUAUCGUCAAACGCGUACUGCUCCUGGAUCGACAACCACACCUGUUUCUAAUAUUCGUAAGGAAAGAGUAACAUUGCGUCAACUUCAACGCCGUGGACGACAACUAAGUGAAGAAUUAAGUCAUCCAUGUUCAUCAUCGAAAUGGUUUGAUCGUUUUCUCGUUCGUCAUCGACUUUCUCUUCAACGUCCUAAACGACAACAGAAGAUUCCACUCGACGAAGUUCAUCAGAAAGCAACUUCAUUUUAUACUUUUCUUCGACGAGCAAGUCGAUGGGCUCCAAAACGUGACCCAAUGGGGCCUUUACUCCGUGUGACGUCUUUAAUAUGGAUGAAUCUCCACUUGCAUUAUUCGGCGAUCAAGCAAAACGAUCAAUCAAUGAUAUCAACACUUGCAAUGAAAACUCUUCCGAAUUAUACAUUCGAUCCAGCUACAGUCGAUUCUCCAUUAUUACAUAUUGAUGAAUCUGAAGACGAUGAUGAAGAACAACAACAAAUUGAAAUUCAAGCAAAAUUAGCUGAAUAUCAGGACACAAAGUUAUCACAACAGAAAAAUAAACAAUUAAAAUUAACUCAUUUUUGGAAAAAGUAA